GUACCGUCGCGGAUUUCGGCGGCGGAAACAUGGCGGCCGCGGCCGCACCGGCCACGGAGAAAGUUUCCACCAAGAUUGGUCUAUAUUAGCGCUUGUGGCCUCGGGCCCUCGUUCCCAAAGGCGUGCCGCCUCCGUGUUCUCAGUCGCAAGCUCAAGUCUUGUCUGCCCUCCUUCUUUUUGGUUUGGUUUUGGAACUGACUCCGAGGGUUGGGAGAGCGUUGGUGGCGACGGCCAAGUCAGAUCACUAUAAACAAAAUUUCCACCAGAGAAAAUGUUGAAAUAGGAGUUGCGGAUACAUUGGAUAUACUGGAUGAAAUACAAGCGGUUAAUUUUUGUAACGUGGGGGAAAAGCCCACAUUGCUGGUUACAUGUGUAAAUCACUGCGUUAUUGCUUUAGUCAUUGUCUGUAUUUAGCAAUGACGAGACUGGAAGAAGUAAAUAGAGAAGUGAACAUGCAUUCGUCAGUGCGGUAUCUUGGCUAUUUAGCCAGAAUCAAUUUAUUGGUUGCUAUAUGCUUAGGCCUAUACGUAAGAUGGGAGAAAACAGCAAAUUCCUUAAUUUUAGUAAUUUUUAUUCUUGGUCUUUUUGUUCUUGGAAUCGCCAGCAUACUCUAUUAUUAUUUUUCAAUGGAAGCAGCAAGUUUAAGUCUCUCCAAUCUUUGGUUUGGAUUCUUGCUUGGCCUCCUAUGUUUUCUUGAUAAUUCAUCUUUUAAAAAUGAUGUAAAAGAAGAAUCAACCAAAUAUUUGCUUCUCACGUCCAUAGUAUUAAGGAUACUGUGCUCUCUGGUGGAGAGAAUUUCUGGUUAUGUCCGUCAUCGACCCACUUUACUAACCACAGUUGAAUUUCUGGAACUUGUUGGAUUUGCCAUUGCCAGCACAACUAUGUUGGUGGAGAAGUCUCUGAGUGUCAUUUUGCUUGUUGUAGCUCUGGCUAUGCUGAUUAUUGAUCUGAGAAUGAAAUCUUUCUUAGCUAUUCCCAACUUACUUAUUUUUGCAGUUUUGUUAUUUUUUUCCUCAUUAGAAACUCCCAAAAAUCCCAUUGCUUUUGCAUGUUUUUUUAUUUGCUUGAUAACUGAUCCUUUCCUUGACAUUUAUUUUAGUGGCCUUUCGGUAACUGAAAGAUGGAAACCAUUUUUGUACCGUGGAAGAAUUUGCAGAAGACUUUCGGUCGUUUUUGCUGGAAUGAUUGAGCUCACAUUUUUUAUUCUUUCAGCAUUUAAACUUAGAGACACUCAUCUUUGGUAUUUUGUAAUACCUGGCUUUUCCAUUUUUGGAAUUUUCUGGAUGAUUUGUCAUAUUAUUUUUCUUUUAACUCUUUGGGGAUUCCAUACCAAAUUAAAUGACUGCCAUAAAGUAUAUUUUACCCACAGGACAGAUAAUAAUAGCCUUGAUAGAAUCAUGGCAUCCAAAGGGAUGCGCCAUUUUUGCUUGAUUUCAGAGCAGUUGGUGUUUUUUAGUCUUCUUGCAACAGCAGUUUUGGGAGCAGUUUCCUGGCAGCCAACAAAUGGAAUCUUCUUGAGCAUGUUUCUAAUUGUUUUGCCAUUGGAAUCCAUGGCUCAUGGGCUCUUCCAUGAAUUGGGUAACUGCUUAGGAGGAACAUCUGUUGGAUAUGCUAUUGUGAUUCCCACCAACUUCUGCAGUCCUGAUGGUCAGCCAACACUGCUUCCCCCAGAACAUGUACAGGAGUUAAAUUUGAGGUCUACUGGCAUGCUCAAUGCUAUCCAAAGAUUUUUUGCAUAUCAUAUGAUUGAGACCUAUGGAUGUGACUAUUCCACAAGUGGACUGUCAUUUGAUACUCUGCAUUCCAAACUGAAAGCUUUCCUCGAACUUCGGACUGUGGAUGGACCCAGACAUGAUACGUAUAUUUUGUAUUACAGUGGGCACACCCAUGGCACAGGAGAGUGGGCUCUAGCAGGUGGAGAUAUACUACGCCUUGACACACUUUUAGAAUGGUGGAGAGAAAAGAAUGGUUCCUUCUGUUCCCGGCUUAUUAUCGUAUUAGACAGCGAAAAUUCAACCCCUUGGGUGAAAGAAGUGAGGAAAAUUAAUGACCAGUAUAUUGCAGUACAAGGAGCAGAGUUGAUAAAAACAGUAGAUAUUGAAGAAGCUGACCCACCACAGCUAGGUGACUUUACAAAAGACUGGGUAGAAUAUAACUGCAAUUCCAGUAAUAAUAUCUGCUGGACUGAAAAGGGACGCACAGUGAAAGCAGUAUAUGGUGUGUCAAAACGGUGGAGUGACUACACUCUGCAUUUGCCAACGGGAAGCGACGUGGCCAAGCACUGGAUGUUACACUUUCCUCGUAUUACAUAUCCCCUAGUGCAUUUGGCAAAUUGGUUAUGCGGUCUGAACCUUUUUUGGAUCUGCAAAACUUGUUUUAGGUGCUUGAAAAGAUUAAAAAUGAGUUGGUUUCUUCCUACUGUGCUGGACACAGGACAAGGCUUCAAACUUGUCAAAUCUUAAUUUGGACCCCAAAGUGGGAUAUUAUUAAGCACUCAUACUACCAAUUACCACUAACUUGCCAUUUUUUGUAUGCUGUAUUUUUUAUUUGUGGAAAAUACCUUGCUACUUCUGUAGCUGCUCUCACUUUGUCUUUUCUUAAAUAAUUAUGGUAUAUGUAAGGUGUUGGGAAAAAACAUUUUGUGCUGAAAGUAUAUAGGGAGUCAAAUGCUGACUGUAAAUGCGUAAGAGAUGUUAAAAAUAAUACUGCACUUUCAGGAAUGUUUGCAUAUGGUCCUGAUUAGAAAGAAAACAGUUGUCUGUGCUCUACAGUGGCCAAUGAUGAAUUACUAAUGCCUUAUUUUCUAGGCAUAUGAUAGUUUAGAGAAUGUAGACCAGAUAAAUUUGUUUACUAUUUUAAGAAAACUACCAGUUUACUUACAGAAGAUUCUUUUUUCCAAACAGUAGGUUUCAUCCAAGACGAUUUGAAGAACUACAAACUCUUUCUCUUAGAAAAGAAAGAGGGCUGCCCAAAAUAAAUGCAAAAUUUGCUUAUACUCCAUCACAUUCGGAUGUCUUGGUUGUGACCUUCUACCAGUGUAGCAGAGAACCCUAAUUACAUUUUAGAUCAAAUCAUUCUUUAUGUGGGCAUUGUUAAAAGGCUAGAGCCUACAAGUUGCUCUUUCUUGAAUUGAUUGGGGGCCCUGAAAACACUGGUAAUAUUAAGAGUCUUUCUCAGGGUAACUUAAUGUUUUCUUAAUGAACAAUGUUUUCAGCUACAAAUUUCUUCCAAUAAAUUGUCUUCCCUUUGUGAAAAGGUACUCUCAUAGAAGAAAUUUAGCAAUUUCUCAUUGACUGACUCAGUCUGUUUUAAAUAUUCAGAAAAGAUUUUGAUUCCUAUUGAGCUAAUGCUCCACCAUGAAAAUUAUUUUUCUGAUCCUUGUUAGUGAUAACAUUUUUUUUCUACUGAAGGUCAAAGGAUAGGAAAUAGGUCAUUUCUUUUCUUGUAUAUGUGUAAUGUAUUACGUAAAAAAGUAUUCAUAUUGGCAAUUUUAGUUAAGCAUAAUAGUGUGGUUGUAAUUUUUAAAACUUAAUUCAGUGUUUUGUCUGAUUAAAGCAAGCACUGAUCAGGGUAUCUCCUAAGAGGUAAUUCACUUCUUAUUUCCUUCCAAUAAUUAUUACAUUCUAAAUUUUCAUCUAUGAGAAAUAACAAGAGGGGAAUAGAAUUAAAUUGGGGGAUAAUCUAAUCUUCAUUGUUUAAAUGGUUUGACUUCUCACCAUUGAAGCCAUUUUUUCUAGCCUCAGAGAGAGGAAAUAAUGCCUCCACCAUUUUCUACCUGGUGACUUGAAAAUUGAAGUUUUAGGUUAGGAAGAAGUUACUUAGAGUCAGGGAACUUGUAUACCACUAUCUAUGCAGCAUUGUUAUAGUCUGUUUCUAUGGUUUGAAUAUGAUUUUCCUAAUGCUCUGAAUAAAAUUUUGUUAAAAAU